AUGCAGAUCAACAAGGGAAUCAUUCAAAAUUCUACGAAAGCCACUAUGAACUUUGAUGUUGCCCUUCGAUGCGGCGGUCCCGAAAUAGCUUCUUGUACAUGGUAG